AAAGGAGCAAUGCCGGAGGUGCCUGUCAACACCAGUGCUGAGGAACACCAGGGUGACGCGGAUUGCUCUGUUGUCAAGAAUCGCACUAAUAGGAUUUCAUGGUUCUCGUCGCUUCGGCAAAACAGGGCUCUUGCCUUGUCGUUGGGCGGUUUGAGUGCCAUGCUGAUCAUCGCGAUCAUCGUGGCCGUCGUUUGCUAUUUAAAUUUUCUGCCCGUAAGCCCAUCUCCAGAAGGCUACCUUGCUGAGUACAAGGUGCUUCCAGGUCACGAAGUGUACAGACCGGAGCCGUCCGUUGUGCUGAACAGCACGCACUUGCAGGAGUGCGUGGCAAACUGCUCGACAGACCACGACUUCGAAUGUCUACAUACUCAGUUCUGUGCACCCGAAGGAACCGAAAUAGGAACGUGCCAUUUGUUCCGCGGCAAUGCGAGGCUGCGCACCCGCCUGGCUGGCAACUGCAGCAUCUACACUCGCGGCGACCCCGCACAUUUUGGCAUCCCGCACGGAGGAGUCUCUUCACUGAAGACAGGAACGACUGGAUGGCUGUCCUGGAUUCUGUUGAUUGGGAUUUUGAUCAACGCCAUCGUCGCCUGACCCGCGACAGCCCGUUGACAUCGGAGCCACUGACUGAUAGUCUGUUUACAUGAAUGCAAGAAAGUGCACGCCGUCAAUCUGUAACGUCAUGUGCUGCGCAUUAAGUCGUCGCUUUUGUCAGCGUCUUCCUCGACCCCGCAAAAGCUGAACAGAGGAAUCGCAUGAAUGCUGGAAAGUAACCAUUGAAGGCUGACAACCUAGGAUGUAUUUUCCUGCACGAAGCCACCGGAGUGAUUGACAUUGUUGCGGAAUCCGUGACGCCAAUACAUGAUUGCGCCAGGAUAGCGCGAGGGUCGGCUUUCAUUUCCCUACUCCGAUGAUCAAUAUUUGGGAACAUAAGGAAUGCAUUUCUAAGUCAUAUUUAGGACUUCCUUUUGGUGCGCCUUUAUUGAAUUCAUUUAGAAUUUCCAGCGAGGAAAGAAACUCGUGUUCACUAUACUUCGUGUCUGCACUGUCGCUUAUUAUCUGAUUGUCAACUGUAUCAACUCUUUAACACGCUUUUCAGAUGAUUAUUGACAGUCAGAGUAAAUUUGCUCUGCUUGUCCCACGGAGAGAUUGUACCCAGAGGCUAGAGAAGUUGCGCGCACAAACAUGGCCGGCGCCUCUUUUUUUAUGACAGUGCGUUGGAAUCUCCUAUGUCUUGUAAACAUAUACGACAUUGGUUGUGUACCAUGACAAUUUGCUUCACAUCCGUAAAUUUGCGUUUUGCUCAACAUGAACAUGAAAUUAUGCAUCUACUGAAUGUAAUAGCGGUAUGCUUAGUGAACCAUCAGACAUGAUUUCCCUAGCCUUACGCGGUAGUGAGCUCUCGAUGCAGAUCUAUUUACCUAAUCACUAUUUGCAAUGUUUGGUAUUCUUAACUAUAUGGUCGAGGCCCACAUACCUCAUACGUGACACACUGGAUACCCUUCGAAGUGCAGUACAUGAGUUCGAUUAAUGUAGUAUUUCAGAACUUAAACUCACCUAAAAAUUCAGCUAUCUGGCACAUUAGAAACGCAAAAUAUUUCGCAAAACGUAACAUGCUACACUAGAAUACAUUAAACAUUCUCGGGGUAAGGUGAAUGCUGCUUUUUCCGCAGAUAUAUUUUCAGAGCAACAAAAAAUUUUUCUGAGCAACUUCUAUGUAGAAAAGUAAUUCAGUGCAUUUGUUUAGGCAGUGUGCGCCCUUUCUCGUUUUUAUGAGCCUUUUCGCGUGGGCUUUCAUAUUUAUGUUUUACACGCGUAGUGAUUCUUUACACCUUUACGUAUGUUUAACUUGUACAACAUUCGUGCGAUGCGUGUAAGUUCUGGCUAGGUUGGUUUGCUUUGGCUGUUUUGAAGACAGCGUUUGCGAAACAUCUGUGGUGAAGUUUCGGAAAGUGGAGUCUGUAAAUUCUAUCAGAAUUGCAGCUCCAAUUUAGCCUCCUUCUCCAUCUGUGUGCAAUUAUUUUUAAAAUUUUCAACCACGAUACAAUGAUUAGUACGAAAA